AUGACUGAAGAUAAUCCUUGGAUGAAACACUUGGAGUGGCUGAAAAAAGUCAUUGAGAAUCUCAUUUGUCAGAGGGGAAAGGCAGGAGGGCAGCUAAUGAUACCCAAGGUGAUAUUUCACAACAUUGUUGGCAGGUUCAAGCACAUCACUCGAGGCACUCGACAGUCUCCCAACCCUGUGGCCAUCGCUGCAAGCUCUAGUGCACAGGAUGUCCCACCCAAUUGUAUAACCCGGGUCAAACAACCUGACCCGAAGUCUGUGAAUGACAGAAAUUCUAAUGCCACCAAAGAUGUCAUAGGCAUGACAGGCAUCUUUCAAAAUGUUGCUUCAGUGGCUGGCCACCUACAAUCUGAUUCUGUUUCUAAUUCCAAUAUGAGCAAAAUGGUCUCAGAGCUGCUGCCUAAGUUGAAGCUCUUCAACUCCUUGGCUAAUGGGCUUGCUGAUGUCCAUCCCCAUGUGAAGGUGGCAUUGAAUAUAUUAACUUGUGUAUCCAAGAUCUCUGAAGUGUAUACUUUGAUUAUGACGGAGAAGGAAGUGGCCAAAAUUGAAACAAUGUUAGAGAUAUAUGAUGCUUUGACCAAUCAAGGGCUAAUCAUUGAGAAGCUUUGGCUAGGUGUUGAUGUGAAAGCUCACAUGCGGCAACCAUUAGUCUUUGGAUGGCUGAGAACCAACAUAUCCCUUACUGAGGUCAUGCUCAAGCUGGAGUGA